GUCUCGUCUCAUUUGGAUCCCAAGCCAAGCUCCCCCCAUUUCGUCCUCGCGUCGGCCAUGGCAUCCGCCGGUGGCGCCGACCGCUCCCCGCCGCCGCGUCGCCUGGUCUUCGCCUUCUACCUCACGGGCCACGGCUUCGGCCACGCCACCCGCGCCAUCGAGGUGGUGCGGCACCUGGUCGAUGCGGGGCACGAGGUGCACGUGGCGACGGCCGUGCCGGAGUUCGUCUUCACCGCCGAGGUGCGGUCCCCGCGCCUCCGCAUCCGCAGGGUCCUACUCGACUGCGGCGCCGUCCAGGCCGAUCCGCUCACCGUCGACCCCCUCGCCACGCUAGAGAAGUAUCGUGAGGCGGCCGUGGUGCCCCGCGAGUCGAUCGUGAGGGCCGAGUCCGAGUGGCUGAGCUCCAUCAAGGCAGACCUAGUGGUAUCGGAUGUUGUUCCUGUGGUGUGCAGGAUGGCUGCAGAUAUGGGCGUCCGCUCUGUAUGCAUUGGGAAUUUUAGCUGGGACUUCAUAUAUUCUGAAUAUAUCAUGGAUGCUGGAUAUCAUCACCGAUCUAUUGUUUGGCAGAUAGCAGAAGAUUAUUCCUAUUGUGACAUCUUACUUCGAUUACCUGGAUAUGGCCCAAUGCCGGCUUUCCGCAAUGUCAUUGAUGUGCCUCUCAUUGUAAGAGGAUUGCGCAAAUCUAGAUCUGAGGUGAGGAAGGAACUUGGACUUGAGGAGAAUGCUAAGGUGCUCGUUUUUAAUUUUGGGGGGCAGCCAGCAGGAUGGAAACUGAAGCAAGAAUGGCUCCCUGAUGGUUGGAUCUGUUUGGUUUGUGGUGCUUCUGAUUCUCAAGAGGUUCCACCGAACUUCAUUAAGCUUGCGAAAGAUGCUUACACACCUGAUGUUAUAGCGGCAUCUGACUGCAUGCUUGGAAAAAUUGGAUAUGGAGCUGCAAGUGAGGUUUUAGCUUAUAAGCUACCACUUGUGUUUGUUCACAGAGAUUACUUUAACGAAGAACCAUUUUUGCGAAAUUUACUUGAGCACUACCAAAACAGCAUUGAGAUGAUCAGAAGUGAUUUUCUUGCUGGACACUGGAAACCUUACUUACUUCAUGCUCUCACACUUCAACCAUGCUACAAUGGCCCAAUAAACGGCGGCGAGGUGGUUGCCCAGAUCCUCCAGGACACUGCUAUUGGAAAGGAAUGUAUUUCUGAUAAAUUUAAUGGUGCAAGAAGACUGCAAGAUGCCAUAGUGUCAGGGUAUAAACUUCAAAGGGCUACUGGGAGAGAUGUAAGCAUUCCUGACUGGUACUCUCUGUCGGAGACAGAAACAAGUGCUGGUCUGACCUCAAAAAAUGUUGCAACAAAGGAAACUGCAGCAUUCAGAUGUUUUGAAGACUUUGAGAUACUCCAUGGGGACCUGCAAGGAUUAACAGAUACAAUGGAAUUUUUGAAGAGCUUAUCUGAACUUGAUGGAAAUAAUUUGGAGAGCCCUGAGAAGCAACAGCAAGAGAGAACUGCUGCAUCUGUUCUCUUUGACUGGCAGAAGGAAAUAUAUAUAGCAAGGGCACCUGGACGUUUAGAUGUCAUGGGUGGCAUUGCUGAUUAUUCAGGAAGUCUUGUUUUGCAGAUGCCCCUUCGGGAAGCUUGCCAUGUUGCUGUUCAGAGAAACCACCCCAGUAACCAGAAGCUUUGGAAACACACACAAGCAAGACAGCUCGAGAAUGCAGGCCUGGCACCAGUGAUACAAAUUGUAUCAUUUGGUUCUGAGUUGAGUAACCGUGCACCGACUUUCGAUAUGGACCUGUCAGAUUUUUUGGAUGGUGAAAAACCAAUAUCCUAUGAGAAAGCCAGAGAGUUUUUCUGUCAGAAUCCAUCCCAAAAAUGGGCUGCCUACGUUGCUGGAACAAUUCUAGUUUUGAUGACUGAGCUUGGUGUCCAGUUCACUGACAGCAUGAGCAUUCUGGUUUCAUCCGCUGUACCAGAAGGCAAAGGUGUUUCUUCUUCUGCAUCAGUGGAGGUUGCUACAAUGUCUGCUAUUGCCGCUGCCUAUGGUUUAAACAUCACCCCAAGGGAUCUUGCAAUGCUUUGUCAGAAGGUUGAGAAUCAUGUUGUUGGAGCUCCUUGUGGGGUAAUGGAUCAAAUGGCAUCCGCGUGUGGAGAAGCUAACAAACUCCUUGCCAUGGUUUGCCAGCCUGCAGAAGUGAAGGAAUUGGUUAGCAUACCAACUCAUCUGCGAUUCUGGGGUCUAGAUUCAGGGAUACGGCAUAGUGUUGGAGGGGGAGAUUAUGGAUCUGUAAGGGUAGGCACUUACAUGGGACGAAAGAUGAUCAAGUGUGCAGCAUCAGAUUUAGUUUCAGAAUCCUCAACUUCAGAGGCCCCUGUUCAGUCUGAUUGUUAUAAAGAAAAUGGUACGGGUCUACUGAAAUCUGAAGCUGCAAUGGAGUAUUUGUGCAACCUACCACCUCACAGAUUUGAAGCUGCUUAUGCAAAAGAUAUUCCAGAGGUGAUCAGUGGAGAUGCAUUUUUAGAGAAAUAUGGAGAUCACAGUGACACAGUGACAGUUAUUGAUCCUAAAAGAUCUUAUAGUGUGAAGGCUCCUACUAGACAUCCUAUAUAUGAAAAUUUCCGUGUUGAGACCUUCAAAACAUUGUUAGCAGCAGGCAAUACGGAUGAGCAAUUGUCAGCCCUAGGAGAACUCAUGUACCAGUGCCACAACAGCUACAGCGCGUGUGGCCUUGGUUCUGAUGGGACUGACAGACUAGUUGAUCUGGUACAAGAAAUGCAACACAGGACGACAUCAGAAGGUGGAAGCCCUAGUCUAUUUGGCGCAAAGAUCACCGGUGGAGGCUCCGGUGGCACAGUUUGUGUUAUCGGGAAGAACUGCGCAAGGAGCAGCGAAGAGAUCGUAGAGAUUCAGCAGAGGUACAAGGCUGCCACCGGGUACCUGCCCGUCCUUUUCGACGGGUCGUCUCCAGGAGCUGCGAAGUUCGGCUACCUGAAAAUCCGGCGCCGUCGUUCCUAGUUUCUGAUUGACAAACGAAGGAUUUGUUGUUGCGUUAUAGAUGACGUAUAUGGCUCAAUUGUUAAGAACCUCAGUGUAGUUGUGGGCUUGUUGCAUUCAUCGACUACAAAUUUUUUUUUAUCUCGGGAUACAUUUGUCAAUUGCCCUGCCAAUUCAGUAAGAGGGGACAAAAUCUCAGUUACAGAUUGCCACAAUGGAAAGAUGCUAGAGAAAAUAAAAAGAGUUAUACUCUCAUCAAUCGGUUGAGAUCUUGCUCAUCAA